GGAAAAACCAGAAAGGCAGGAGCUCGGCGCUAAUAAACACGCAGAAAGAGGAAUAGAUGCUCAUUUAGUGAGACAUGGCGCGAUAUCUGAGACCCCCAAACACUUCUCUCUUCAUCAGGAAUAUAUCUGAUGAUAGCAGAAAAUGUAAAGACAUACAGUUCUGGAGACCUUCCCUACAAAGAAUAUUUAAGAGUAAAGGCUGAAGUAGAGUAGAUUGAAGCCAAAGGGACCGUAAGGAUUCAGGCGGCAAGAAAUAGAGGGGAGAGAGAAAGUUAAAGCUUGAAGAUUCAAAGAGGAGAAAAAGAGGGGACCAAAGUGGGAGUCAAGGCCACGGUAUGUUCCAAACAGAGAGGAAAAGAGAAAGAUAAUGAGGCAAAGACAAGCGGGAAUCCCCCCCCCACUCCCAAGUCCUUCUGGGAAGCGCUUAAAGACAAUAAAGGUCAAGCUCAAGGUCAAAGGUCAAGCAUGUUAAAGGUAACAAGUAUUAAUUUUUGUAUCCUACCUUUGCUGGAGUAUCUGCAUUCUUCUCUGUUGCAAAGUCAGUUUUCUAAUCUCACUUGUUUGUCAUUGAGCUACUGGAAUUAUACAAACCUUAUUUUAUUAGUCAGACUUGAUUCAUGCUAAUUUCCUAAUUGUACAUGCAGAAAUUCCACCAAUUAAGGUUAAGAACUGACGACGUUUUGAUUCGUUUGAUUCUGUAGUCACCCCCUCCCCCCUUUUUCAUCUUUAUUUCUCCAGAUAAAUUUACGUUGCUUUCUCUAACAUGUGAAAAUUUAUUGCUGAAAAUAAACCUGGUCCUGUUUGGUGAACAUUGGUGAGACUUUGCAGGUAUUGCACUGCGAAAUGGAUGUUUAUGAGUGUGUGUUAAGAUGCAAAACCUUAACAGCAGUAGCAUGUUUGAGGAUGUACGUGACGCAGAGGAUGCUCUACACAACCUGGACCGUAAGUGGGUCUGCGGACGACAGAUUGAGAUCCAGUUCGCGCAAGGAGACAGGAAGACUCCCACUCAGAUGAGGUCCAAAGAGAGACGUUCUCCGCGCAGCUUCUCCAGGUAUGAUGAUUACGAACGUGACAGCCGUCACCGGCGUUCGCGGAGCCGCAGCUACGACAGACGCCGCAGCCGCAGCCCAUCAUACGAGCGCCGUCCCCGCCGCUCUGAGAGUCCGAGAGACUCCCGGUCUUACGGCAGACACAGACGAAGCAGAAGCCAUGAGAAUGACAGGUACAGGCACCCUCGAGAUCAUGGUCGAGUGCACCAUGGCGGUCAGUCCCGCAGCCGCUCCGUUUCGCGCUCCCCCUCUCCCGACUCCAGGUUCAAAUCGAAGGGACGCAAAUCUCGCUCUCAGUCCCGAUCACCGCGCCCGCCCACCAAGGACCUGCCCCCAUCGACCAGCACCAGAGAGGAGGAGACCCAUGCCCGAUCACCCUCGCGCUCCUGCUCUCGCUCGCUUUCUCGCUCACGAUCGCGUUCGCGCUCCUGGGCUGGCCGCAAAUCUGGCGGUCAUUAGGACUCUCGGCAGCACCCCCUAAUGUUCAGCAUUCCUGGGGGCUUAGCAGAAUUGGGUAUAUUUUGGAUUCGUCAAUACUGUAUCUUGUGCAGCUGGUAAAGAGAUUUUUGUUCAAAUUCAUCGUGGACAGACGUUACUUUUUUUGGUGCCGAUUUUCAGAAAACCUUUUACGUAGAGCCUUUGGGCAACUUGGUAACAAUUUUUUUGCAGUUUUGUUUUUUUGGUCAGCGCCUUUUGCUCUUCUCUGUCAGCAAUAGAUGCUUGAAGAAAACCUGUAGCUGGUGUUUGCUGAAAAAAAUCUGACCUGCAAGGUUUAAUUAACCAAACAAGUCAGUAUUUUUCUUUAUGGACGUCUCCUAUGAAGUCUUUUGUUUAGGUAGUUUGCUGUGAUGAAGGCUGUUUAAUUGUUUUAGUUAAAGUUGUUCACUUGAUUUUAAAAUUAAGUGUAUAUUCUCAGAAAAUGCCUUUGAUCAAAAGGAGGACGCAUCACUUGUCAGUUGUUUAUUAGCAAACAAAGUCCUAUGUCGGAAGUGCAGUAUUUCUUUUUGUGCUUCAGGUUUAGUUUUCUGUACUGAAAAUUAAACGGCUUGUACAAACUAGACUAAUUUAAGGCGUCUUAUUACUUCUUUUUUGUUUUAGCCCCAGAAUAAAUACUUCCCAGUCCUGUUUGCUAGUUUUAUCCCAAAGUUUCCAGAAUUGAUGUUGUCUUCCAGAAGAUGAAACACGCAGGGUCCCUCUUUUUAGUUCAUGUUUGUUUUGGUUUUGGAAGCCGAUCAGUCACGAGAACCCGUAUGUGAAUAAAAAUGUAUGUUUUUGCUCUCAGUCCAUUAAAAUAAUCUGUUUAGUAGUA